CCCUAUAGUUAUUUAAUAGAUACUGAACACGUCGCAUCACUUCCAGGCUCCUUUAUUUACACUAUCACUCGGCAGAAAUCUUCAAGAGACUCUGAGAAGAUCACUCCUGCUCUAUAUUCAUCCGCGAUAUAUCCUUUUUCCCCGCUGCAAACUCGUUGAUUGACAUCUGCAAUGGCGAUCCGAAUCCCUAUCGACGCGCUGACCUCGCGCUUUGCCGAACGCUUCAACAGCGUACGCUCGCAGUCGAUGAGCACGCGGUUUGCGAACUUGCGCCCUAUCUCCGAGUUCCUGGACAUUAAGCGCGUGUCCAAGCCCGCGCACUUCGGCGAGGUCCAGAGCCGUGUGAACUACAAUCUGUCCUACUUCUCCAGCAACUAUGCCGCCGUUUUCGUCAUGCUGAGCAUCUACUCGCUGCUCACCAACCCGGUCCUGCUAUUUGUCAUCGUUCUGGUGACCGGUGGUCUAUACGGCAUCGGCAAGUUGAACGGUCGCGAUCUGGAUGUGGGCUUCAUGCGGGCUACCACCCCGCAGCUGUACACUUACCUGUUGAUCGUCGCGAUCCCGCUGGGUCUGUACGCGUCCACGAUUUCGACCGUGCUCUGGCUCAUCGGCGCCACGGGUGUGGUUGUCUUUGGCCACGCCGCGUUCAUGGAUAAACCCAUCGAGAAUGCUUUUUCCGAGGAGGCGGUCUAGGUGGUCGGCCGCGAACUCCUUACGAUAUGCCCCCAUGGGGAAGACCACCAGGGGCACGCAUGGGGAGACCGACGGGGAGGCUGAGGAAGCAAUUGAUGGAUGGAGAUGUACGUGUGGAGGAGAUCGACAGCGAGGCGGAAGCAGAGGAGGCAGCAGCAGCAGCAGCAGCAGCAGCAGUGGUGACGGCGGGCUACAGUCGGGGUGUAUUGCGGAAUAA